AUGACAACAAUAUAUUGUGGUUUGCCGGUUGUUUUUUCCUUGCCAGACAAUUUUGGGGUAUCGGUAUUGGUUCUUUUUAUCUUCUUCUUAUCUUGUGUUUUCGUUUUAGUUUUAAUGUUGUUUGUGAUUACAUUAAAGCCAUCCAAAUAUCGUUAUACAAUUAUACCUAAUUCAACAAUACAAAAUGCAAUAACUUUUAAUUACACAACUCCAAAUUAUCACAACCAAAUAAUAUCAACAACACAUUUCAAUUACAGUGGAGUCUGUAGCAAUGUUUUUAAAUAUCAACCAAACAACAAAAGGGACUUGUGGCUUACAGCUGUUGGUGUCACAAGUGAUAGUUAUUACAAGAAAAUCAUGAAAGACGUUCCUCUUGUGCUUGGUCUUGCUCAUUCAUCGAUUCCACAUGCAGAUAAAGUGAUUAUACUUUUCAAAGGAUACAACUACUCUGAACUUAUUACACUUGCUCAUAAGAACGGAUUCAAAACACUUGAAGUUGACAUGUCUUACAUCAAGAAGUGUCAAGACGCCUCAAAGCGAUUUUUUGCAUUCAAGGAAUACAUCCAAAACAACACUGAGAAAUACGACAGGGUACUUAUUAGUGACUUUCGGGAUGUGUUCAUAUUUGCAGACUUUUUUGCAACAUUUUCAUCAAAUGAUCUAUUUUUCACGCCUGAGUGCACUUAUGGAGGUAAAAGUUGUGUCACACUAAACGAAUGGAGUAACAAAAUAUGGAUGAGAAAGGGAUUUGGUCAGAAGGUGUCUGAUGGGUAUGUUAAGAAUUCAUCGUUAUUAAUUAAUGUUGGGACAACAUUUGGAGGAACUGAACAGGUGUUAAAUUACGUCAAACUAAUGACAGAAACAAUGAAGCCUGAAAGAUAUUCAGAAUGGGGUCAUGACCAAGCAGUCCACAACUACAUCUUUUACACACACUACUUUAAUCAAAGGUACAAUUUUUAUAUCGAAAAUUUGAAAGAAAAAACAAUUGAAAACACACAUAAAAAUUAUAUUCUGGAUAGAUGCUCACAAAGAUUUUGUUUUAAAGAAAUUGGAACAAUUGUGUACGAUUCACAAAAGAAGACACUGUUUACAAAAGAAACUCGUUGUGCCCCCGUGUUAAGACACAAAAUUAGUGCUUAUGGAUUAAAAUUAGAUUGGGAUGGAGUUGCUCAAAACUUAUAA